AAAAAAGCAUGUAAUAAAUGAAUACGCACGCAGAUGACGCACAGAGUAUUUUAAUUGAAGUACAAUAUAGUUAGGGGAAGACUUGUUCUACUACAGAAGAGUCUACAGAAGGCAGCAGAUACCUUCUGAAGGUUGAAAAAACAGGCCCACAAAAAAAGCUUAACACUUCAAGCAGAUGUCGCUGCUGUUUGCAAAAAGUAAUUAAUUUUGAAAAAAUCUUCAGUAGGGCUAGGAGUCGAUCUACUGUUGAACGUAGAUGAGACCUACUCCUACAGAAGAAAGUCAUUUUUUUUUCUUCAGUGGUAGAAAAAAAAGUGGCCUCAAGAAAUUUCUUCUGAAAGUUUUCAACCUUCAGAAACUGAAAACGACUACUUUACCUACUGUAGAAAUUUGCCACAAAAGCCGACCUCUUUGCUUCAAAAAUGGCAAAAAGUCAAGUUUUUUGGACAACGCUUCUGAAGGUUUUGAGUCUUCUGAAGGCCACUCUACUGAAGAAUGACUAAAUAAGUCGUCCAUGUCCAACCAAAACGCAAAAAUCUGCAGUAGACCCUUCUGCAGAAAUUUUCUACUGAAGGCGCCUACUGUAAAAUGAAAAAAUCUACUUCAGUAGAGCGAGAGCCUACAGAAGCUUUCGCCUUUUUACUCGGAUGCGCUAUAAUAUCUACUGCAGGAACCUACAGUAGAUUUUGAUUUGGCCUUUUUUAUAUCUGUAGACGCUACACUUCAGCGCGAUGCGCCGGCCAACCAGCGCUUUUCAAACUCAGACCAAGAAAUACACGCUAUCGCAUUCAAUUGCGAAAGAGGCGCAGCUAUCGCUGCAAAAUUUGCUGCUAUGCAUGAUGAAAAUAGAUUUACUGCCGGCUCCAAAGUUUGCCGCUUGCGGCCGGUGAGCUCUGAAGGAGCGAGGCAUGGUUUUCCCCACGGCUGGUACUUGCAUAAAUGAACAUAAAGCAUUUAACUUCUGCUGCGAAAUUCAAGUUGUUUUCGACAUCAAACCCACCUAAGAACACAAGAAUUCACUGGUACAAAUAUACGCAUUCUGUAUGAUACAACGCAAAUAAACCAAAAGAAAAAACGUUUCUGUUUCACCUUUUCGUAGGUUUUAUAAAAUUGUAUAGGAUUAUUUCAAGAACACCUCGACCUCCCAAAACAAACAUAGCAGAGUGAGCGCGACCGAGAGCACAUUCCUCUCUUCGACUUACUAGAAGCAGCAUUUGAUUCAAAGAUAAUUCCAGACCGUCCAGACGGACCGCAUGACUUUCGCACUGGAGCAUAUUUAUGUAGACGCUUGCAGCUAAGCCUAAGGCUACAACCAGUACCACGUCCGCUAUUUCCAAAACAGAAAACUCACACAGACAGGAAAGCGAAAGAAAGUCAGUUAGUAUUACAUCUUCUGACUAAGUACAUCAAGAAUCAUUCAUGCGGCGACACAAUUGAACGCAGCACGACGAACAAAUAAAUGCAAAUCCAAAUGCUCUAUGAAAUUAAUACUGCAACUAACAAGUUGUAGGACAACGACAACAAGGUGAAGAACAUGAACAAUUCCAGGGAAAUAAGAAAUGUACAUACAACCACCUCGCGUGCCGACCCAAUUUCCCAAUUUCUUCAACAAGUAACGCGCAAGAACAUCAACUUCAACAUUGCGACCAGCUGUAAUAAAUAU